CGUGCGCCCACAUUCCGAGCCCCUGACAUACCCUGAUGCAAGGACUGUGGUUCUCUUUUCUACACUGCCACUUUCUUUUCUGGGUCUCGUGCCCGUUGUCGAAAGUGAAUUGAUAGAUAAAGGUGAAGGUGCUGCCUCUUGCUUUUCUUCCUCUUGCUUGCCUUUCUAUCUUUGUGUUGCCCAAAGAACCAUCGCUCGCUCAUUGCUUGUUGACAAGACAAGACCAAGAGUCUGAUAGAAACAUUCGACAGGCUGUGCCUCUCUUUUCUACUUCUUGAACUCGUUCACUCAUUGACAAAUCUGUUUUAUCAUACGACAACUGCUGGACAAGUUGCUCGUUAGCUUUUUCAUCUCAACGACCAUCACGAUCAUUUUCACCAACGCCACGCCUAUUACGCCAAUACCAGAUUUCACUGUUACGCGACAACGCAUUCACUCUCAACUCAUCUUGAAACUCUCACACAAUGGCCCACACCUCCCGCUUCGAAACCAUGACUUCUCGCUUCUCACCCUCUCGUCUGCGCAACUCUCUGCGUCGCAGCUCAUCAGCCUCCACCUCCACCCAGGCUUCCUACUCAUCAGUCAGCACGACCAGCUCGUCCCCUGUCGUUGCCAUCAACAGCAUCAUCUCGCGACAGCCUUCUCUAUUGCAUCUAGAGGCUGAACGCAAGAGCUUCGGCAGUGAGUUGAGCCUGCUUGAGCCCAGGCCCAUUGUCUACUGGGGCAGUGUGGAGGAGCGCAUCGGUUAAUGCCUUGAUACGCAUACUUUGACAUGAGAUCUUGCUUUAUGAUUUACACGUCGAAGAUUACAAUUUCUGGGGAUUUAAUGUGGUGUUAGGCUUGCCUUUUGGAUGUCUGGCAGGUCAAACUAGGGAAUUUUUAAGAGACGGCGUUCGUGUGACUUACAUGGUUAUUCUUCAAUUCUUGACCGAGUAACGAUUCGGUAUGGCAUCAAAGAUGAAUAAUCUUGCCAAAUUUCAGAUUCAAAUUCAAACACAAUCAAACUUUUAGGCCUUCAUUGCUGUCUGAGACCCCAAAAAAAAAAAAAACCAAUCCAUUAUCGUCAUUACAUUUCAUACAGUGUCAUAUCCUCGGACACGAUAUCAAGCAGGGGUUCGAAACGCCUGCCACGACCCACAAACACCCCUGAAAUACUUGUGUACAGAGUAACAGCGACAAUGAUGCCACUUUCGAUCAGCGCUUGAAGGCCAAUGCAUGAUUAACUCAUGUCUGGAGAUCCGGGAGAUCGUUUCUGAAGACGACGGUGCAAAUGCUGCUCUUAAUGUGAGACAACAGUGAUCGCCGAUGAAAUCAUCAAGCGAGUUUGCCUCUUUGCUGUUGAAGAGCAAACAAGAACCCAGAUCGAUAGAGACGCAUGCCAGUUGGAGGGAAAAAUUGUAUGGUGAUGGUGGUAAGGUCCUUGUCUGGAGUCAACGGUUGAUACCACCCCGCGAAACAGAGAGGGUCUCUAGUUCUCGGCGGAGCUUCAAGUAUCAUCCGCCUUCUCCCCACCCUGUCAUGUUCACGGACCCGUAGGCGGGAUGGUUUGAUUCCCGGUAUGAGGCUCGACAAGAGAAGCGACACCGUAAUAUAGACGACUCGUCAAGAACCAGACAGCACUCGUAGCCAGAGCCAAUGCCACGGCCAUGAACACGAGCAUGGUAGACCGCAUCUGAAACGCUUCGUCUGCUUCCAUCUUCAUGAGCUUCUUCUGUUUGCUGUGAUAGUGCCAGCGGCCAUGGGCAUCAUGAUCGCUAUGGCCAAUGUGCUGGUAUGGCUGGAGGAACCAUCGGGGCACCCAUUUCGCUUGCCGGUUACCGGUACCGUAGAAGUUGUUGCGGCCAGCAGUAUGGCGAAAGUCAACCAGGAGGAGUGAGAAGAGGAAGACGGUUAUGUUGACAGGCGUCAUGACGAGCUAAAAAGACCUGUGUCAGUGUUAUUGUGACCAGCGGAGAAUACGACCUUGUUCGUUGAUAUCAUGAGACUUUGAAGCAAAGAGAAGACAAGACAAGACGCUUUCUGUCUUCUCUUGGCAACAACCACAGAUAAUGUCUGAACGAGGAGUGACCUACAGAAUAGAGAGUAGACGGCUGGUUAUUGCCAACAUUCUCAGGCUGGGGACCAGAUUUGGACAUGAUGGGAGAAUGAAUAUGGUAGUGUAUUAUAACGAGUGUCGAGUUUUAAACCGUGGAUGUGAGUUCAAGUUCAUAACAAACAGAGAUUCCAAACACUUUGUUUCUGGGUCGUUGUUGGUAUUUGAUCCAAGGGCCCACCUGAUCAAGUGAAUCAGCC